CUGCUCACGACCCAGUACCGCAUGCACCCCGCGCUGAACCGGUUCUCGAGCGAGCGCUUCUAUGGGGGCCGCGUGAAGACGCACGGCGCCGUCGCGCGCGAGCGCGCGAGCAGGCCGCCGCCGGCGGGCAUCGACUGGCCGAACCGGAACAAGCCCAUCGCGAUCCUGCCCGUGCCCGCGCCCGCGGGCUCGGGCGGCAACGAGGAGCGCGAGUCCGACCAAACGAAGACGAGCGCGGGCGGCGCGUCGUUCCUCAACAAGCCCGAGCUCGACGCCCUCGUGGGCGUCGUGGCAUCGCUGCUCGCGACGUCGGACCUGCGCGCCGAGGACAUCGGCGUCAUCACGCCCUACGCGGCGCAGCGCCGCGCGAUCGCGGACGCGCUCGCGGCCGGCGGCGGCGGCGACGUCGAGGUCAACACGGUCGACGCCUACCAGGGCCGCGAGAAGGACGUCAUCAUCAUCUCGACCGUGCGGUCCAACGCGCGCAGGACGCUGGGCUUCGUCCGCGACGACCGCCGCAUGAACGUCGCGCUCACGCGCGCGCGCCGCGCCGUCGUCCUCGUCGGCGACCCGGCGACGCUCCGCGAGGACGACACCUGGCGCAAAUUCAUCCACCAGUGCACCGACGACGGCUGCGUCCUCACGCCGCCCGACGGCGCGAAGAUCCCGCCGCCGAUCCUCGUGCCCGCGCCGCCGCUCCUCCUCGGCGGCGGCGACUCGGUCUCGUCGGCGACGGCGCAGGCUUAG